UCUUUGGAUUAUCUGACGCGUUUAAGGCGUCUCCUUCGCUCUCUUUAAAAGCUCUUCAUUUCCUGACAAUCCAUUAGAAGACUUCUCUUUUCUUCAAGAAUUCCUGUAUUUUUUUAACUUCAUUUGCUGCUAAAUUUAGUCGGAUUUUCUCUACGUUUCCAUUCCUCAAGAUUAAAUAGUAUUUGACUUCUGUCUUCAUAUCAACUGCUCGAUCAAGUAACAAAUUCUUCAUUCAUUAAAAAGAAUGUUUGGUUUAAAGAAAUCUCCAUUGAAGACUGCUAAGCAGAAUUCAGAUGAUCCUGCACGUGUUGCUGCUUCUUCUGAAGCUACUUUGAGUCCUCCGAAUUUUGGGGUCAAUCCUUUUGAUGAUGAAGGGAAAGUGAAUUCUUCUUCUUCUUCUUCUUCUUCUUCUUCUUCUUCUUCUUCAUAUUGGCAAUCUUCGGCAUCACGAAACAAGUAUAAGAAUGAUUUCCGUGACACUGGUGGGCUUGAGAACCAACCGGUGCAAGAACUGGAGAACUAUGCCGUCUACAAGGCUGAGGAGACUACAAAGACUGUCGAUAACUGUUUGAAGAUUGCAGAAGAAAUGAGAGAAGGUGCCACCAAUACUUUGAUCACCUUGCAUCAGCAGGGUGAACAAAUUACACGGACUCAUAACGUUGCUGCCGGCAUCGAUCAUGACCUUAGUCGGGGCGAGAAGCUCUUGGGAAGUCUUGGAGGGAUGUUCUCUAAAACCUGGAAGCCAAAGAAGACUCGUCCGAUAGUUGGCCCUGUUAUAACAAGAGAUAAUUUUCCAAAGAGUAGUGGUGGCCACUUGGAGCAGAGGGAGAAACUGGGAUUGAAUGCAGUUCCGAGGGGUCGUUCGAAAUCUCGAACACCACCCCUCGAGCCGACAGAUGCAUAUCAGAAAGUCGAGUUUGAAAAGACAAAGCAAGAUGACGCACUCUCUGAUUUAAGCGAUCUACUGGGAGAAAUGAAGGUUAUGGCCGAUGAUAUGCGAUCUGAAAUCGAGGGGCAAACCGAAGCUUUGGAUGGAGUAGAAGAUGACGUGGAUGUUCUAAAUAUCCGUGUGCAAGGUGCUAAUCAACGAACACGUAGAUUACUUGGGAAGUAGAAUGUGCAGUUUCUUGAUUUUGCUGAUGAGAUUUGCUUGCUCAUGCUGCCAUGUUUUUAACCUUUCUUCAGCUUCACAUUCUGUUAUCUUGAUUCCAUUUUCAGACGAAUGGGGAUUCUAUAGUAUCUGUCUCCUUCAC